AUGAAGUUGACAGAGCUGAAGCGGUUGGGGUUGUCCCCGGGGCCGGUCACCGAGGGCACCCGGCCCGUCUACCUGAAGAGGCUGAAGAAGCUGCGUGAGGAUGAACGGGCCGGGGCCCGCAGCGGCGCCAACAAGACCCGGAACAGCAACAACAAUAACACGGGGGCCGGAGCGGCGGCGGCGCCGGGCGGAGGCGGCGGCCCCGGGCGGGCGGCCCCGGGAGCGCGGCUGGUGGGCGCCGAGCCCCCCUACCUCCCCGGGGCUGCCGCCGGGAGCGGCCGGGGCCGCGCAGCACCCUCUGCCGGGGGCGAAAAAGUGCUGCUGAGCUUCAGCUCGGACGAGUCGGAUGUGGAAACCAGUCCCCGGAGCCAGGCCGGCGCCGGCGGCAGGAGGGAGCGGGCUUCACCCCUUUUCCGCGGCCUGAGGCCCGCCGCCCCCCACGGCGCCUGCGGCGUGAGUAACAGCUCCCCCCCGGAGGAGGCGGCCCGGCGGAAGCCCAGUGCCUGGUGGGGGGCGGCGGCCAGGAGACCGGCGGCGGCUCACGGGGUGAGGGAGCCCGGGGACGGCGCCGAGGAAGGAGGGGAGGAGGACGACGACGAGGAGGAGGAGGAAGAAGAAGAGACGAGUGAACAGCAGCGGUGGAAGAACCGGACCGUGAACGGUAACCGGCUCCUUUCCUACGGCGGCAGCAGGGACCAGUACUCCGACUCCAGGAGGGAGCGGGCUUCACCCCUUUUCCGCGGCCUGAGGCCCGCCGCCCCCCACGGCGCCUGCGGCGUGAGUAACAGCUCCCCCCCGGAGGAGGCGGCCCGGCGGAAGCCCAGUGCCUGGUGGGGGGCGGCGGCCAGGAGACCGGCGGCGGCUCACGGGGUGAGGGAGCCCGGGGACGGCGCCGAGGAAGGGGGGGAGGAGGACGACGACGAGGAGGAGGAGGAAGGAGAAGAGACGAGUGAACAGCAGCGGUGGAGGAACCGGACCGUGAACGGUAACCGGCUCCUUUCCUACGGCGGCAGCAGGGACCAGUACUCCGACUCGGAGGAGGAGGAGGCGGCGGCGGCGAGGGCCAAAGAGCAGGUACCCAAGGAGGAGUCUGCAGUUCGGCGGCCCAGACGGAGCCUCAGCAAGUCUCCUGCUCCAUUCAUAACAAGCAAAUGCGCUGCAGCCGGCGCUGGCGUGAUGGAGACGGGCCAAGAAAGGGCUGGCGGAGGCUGUGGUGCUGGUCUAGUCGUAACGAAUGACAGGGCGGCGGAGGCGGCUGCUGCCGGGAGUCUAGACAGGGGCAGAAAUCAGGAGGAGGAGGCGGCGGCGGCGGGGGGAGGAGGAGGAUGUGAAAAUCUGGACUCUAGUCCUCCCAGCCCCAGAUACCGCCUUGGCCUAUCUAAGAAAUCCCCUACAGUAUUGUUGCUGCCGCCACCGCUUACGGACGCAGACAGCAGUAAAAUCACUGACCCUCCAGGCACCAUUAGGAAAGCUACCAAUAACCAUGUUCUCAGCGGUGCUGCUGGUAGCUAUAAUGUUGAAUCCAGGAUCUAUUCAGCUACUAAUAGCCUUCCCCCGGGUGGAACCACCUCCUCCCUUAGACUCAACCACUCCAAUCAUACGGGUUCAAAUCAUACCUACCUGAAAAACACCUACAAGAAGAAUCUCUCAGAGCCCGAGGAGGAGCUUCUCCAACAGUUCAAAAGAGAGGAGGUAUCCACCACUGGAGGCUUCAGUGCACAUUACCUGUCCAUGUUCCUCUUAACUGCUGCAUGCUUGUUCUUUCUGAUACUGGGAUUCACAUACCUGAGAAUGAGAGGUUCUGGAGUAGCUGAGGAUGUGGGAGCCAACAUCAAGAAUUCCGUCAGUGAAGAACUACAAAAAAUAACAGAAGAUGAAAAAAAUCUCAUGAUGAACAGCUUAUAUGCACUUCAUGAUAAAUUGGCACAAGUAGCAGGGGAACAUGAAUGUGGCAGCUCUACUCAAAGAAAUCUUACCGUCCAGGAGGCAGCUGCAUAUUUAAAAAAUUUAGAUCCAGAAUAUGAAAGUGUACUUAACACAGCAUUAGAAUGGAUCUUGAAUAGUGGGGAAGAUGUUGGCAUAAAGUGUCUCACCAAUGACCCUAAUGAGAUGGAUGUCACUAAUGUGACGGAUGUGAAGUAUCUGGAAUCCACUAGUCCAAAGAUGUCUUUCAGGUGUCGUUUUCGCCGUGCAUUUGUUAAUGUAACUCACAGAUUAUCAAUAUUGCUUUUGGGUAUAGCAGUGGUCUGGGGAGUCUUGUACUACAUGAAAUACCGUUGGGCAAAAGAGGAAGAAGAAACGAGGCAGAUGUAUGAUAUGGUGGUAAAAAUCAUAGAUGUUCUAAGAAGUCACAGCGAGGCAUGUUCUGAAAAUAAAGACUUGCAGCCGUACAUGCCUAUUUCACAUGUGCGUGAUUCUCUAAUACCACCUCAGGACAGGAAGAAAAUGGGGAAAGUCUGGAGUAGAGCAGUUGACUUUCUUGCAGCCAACGAAUCUAGAGUUCGCACAGAGACACGAAGAAUAGGUGGUGCCGAGUUAUUGGUUUGGAAAUGGAUGCAACCUUCUGCAGCAUGUGACAAAAUUUUAGUAAUACCAUCGAAAGUGUGGCAAGGCCAAGCAUUUCAUCUAGAUAGAAGAAAUUCACCACCAAACAGCUUGACGCCAUGUCUAAAGAUUCGCAAUAUGUUUGAUCCAGUUGUGGAAAUAGGUGAUCAUUGGCAUCUAGCAAUUCAAGAAGCAAUCUUGGAAAAAUGCAGUGAUAAUGAUGGAAUUGUUCAUAUUGCUGUUGACAAAAAUUCACGUGAGGGUUGUGUAUAUGUCAAGUGUCUCUCUCCGGAGUACGCUGGAAAGGCCUUCAAGGCAUUACACGGCUCUUGGUUUGAUGGAAAGCUGGUAACGGUAAAAUACCUGCGACUAGAUCGGUAUCAUCAUCGUUUUCCCCAGGCUCUUACUUGUAACACUCCACUGAAGCCAUCAAACAAACACAUGAACUCUAUGUCACAUCUGCGUCUUCGGACAGGCACAACUAAUUCUCAGGGAAGUUCCUGAGAAGACUUUGUACAACUGCUAGGACUGUUACUUGCAACAGGAAUUUUUCCUGUUUGGCUGCCGUCUUCCUUUUUUAGUGCUUUUUGUAUGUAAUACUUUAAUGAAUUAAAUAAAAGUUUGAACGUUCCAGAAAUCUUGUUUCCAAAGGGACUUAGCAAUGAGGCAGUAAUACUGAGCUGACAAAAAAGAAGAAAAGAAAUUGCUUCAGGAAGUUUUCCGGGCCUGUAGUAAACCAAUGCAUUUAAGUUUUGCAUGAGGAAUACCGAAUCAUUAUACAUUUGCAGAUGUGGUGACUGUAUUUUUGCACCAAGAAGUGUUUUUGAUAAUACAAAAGCAUGGAGAAAAGAAGACUUCCUGUACUUCCAUAGUUUCCUGUGAAAUAAUCUUGUGGGUAUUUUGUAACAACCAACCUACAGUUCCUGAUGGUGAAUAAGUUAAAAAAGAAAAAAAAUAAUUUCUUUUUCAGUCAAUAUUAGUUUUUUUGUUGCUGUAUAAGCAUCUUUUUCUGCAGCUAGGGUAUGGGGAAGGUUAAUCUGGCAUUAGUGGUUGCAUAUAAGCGCGAGGGAAAACGAACUGAAUGUGGAUGUACUGGAUUUUGUAUAUAAAUGUAAAUGCUGGUGGUGGCAAAAACAGUUGUGUUCUGUGAGGAUGUCUGCAUUGAAGCAGUGAAUAAGCUUCCUAUUUUAUUCAAAACCUAAUGUUUUAUAUGGUUUUGGCUGUACCACGACAAGAGGCCAAAUACCUUAAAGUGUUAGAUACAGGUUAAAUAUCUUUUAUAAGUUUUAUAUUAAAAUACCUGACUCUGAUUUUAUGUGAAAGGUCUGAUACCAAUUGUAAUGAAUUCAAAUUUGUGAGCAAUAAAGAAGCAAUUGGCAGAUACUGAAAAAAUAUUUUGUGAAAAGCUGUAUUUAUUAUUACAAUUGCCAGGGCUGUGACAAAAUACCAUUGGGAUUUAGUGACUUUCCCAAUACACUGUAUCUUGUUUUAAUGAAGCAGUUACCUGUUAAAAUUUGAAAAGGUACAUACUUCCUUGCAACAAUUUUGGCUGAUGUGAACGAGGAGUAAAACUGACAGUAAACCUUGCCGAUUCCAAGCUUUUAAAUUUACUAACAUUUACCUAGAAGUACAAAAUUGUUGCUGAGAAGCUUAGUUGCAAAUCUAAGAUUAUUGGCUUUACUAAUCCCCACUCCUACAACAAUUUUACCUUAUUAUCCAGCUAAAUAUCCUGUCAGAGGUGAGACUGGAAGCAUACCAGUCCCACAAACUUUACUGAAACUCACUUUACUUUGUAGAUAUGAUGGAUUUGCAGCAUGAACUUGCACAAAUAAUGCACGUUUUUCUUAUGGUUAAGUAAACAUGAUGCACACUAUUCUGCAACAGAAAAUCCUAUUGUGCCUUACCUUUGUGCUUUUGUGGGCACCAUGUUUAUUAUUGGAGAGUUUGUUAACCGAAAAAUUUUAAAUCCUCAGUUUUAUGUCUCAGAUGCUAAUGAAUGAGUAUAUAUAAUAUAUAAUCAGCCAUGCAGAAUUCUACUUACCAAGGACAAGUACAUAUUUUUGAUGGGUAAGUGGAUUGUGCCAGGUCUGGUAGAUUUUGAUGAGUUUUGCUAUAUACAUAUAUGUAUAUGUAUAAUAUACAUGUAUAUGUAUUAUAUAUAUGUAUAUAAACUAAUUUUGUUGUACUUGAUGUGCAUCAUAGUGAUUUGUUAACCUGACCUUAGUGACCCCAUCUUGUGACCUGUUGCAAGAGUGAAUGUAAAAAUAGUUGUGGCAUUUCAAAAGGUCGCCUUGAUGCAAACGCAUCUAUCUUGCUUCUAAAAUAUAUUUCUUGUAAACACUGUACAUUUUAUUAUUGUAAUAUGUACUAUUAAGCAGCUUAUUUUACCUUAAACUGUUAAGUUGACCAAUAUCCCUUCCUGCAAGACAGAUGGGAAUAUGUAUAAUACCUGAACAUUUGAGAGAAAUCAGAUGUUUGUUGUAAUUUGUCGCCCUGUCCUGUAAAAACAAACAAGAAAAACCAAAACAAACUCGAAUUAAAGGUUUAUUAGGGGUUUUUA